UCUCGAGCCUGAUAAUGGAAGACAGCGUCAACUACGAAAUCCGAAACUCUCGUUCCAAAUCGCCCGACGUAUUUGCCGAAACGUUCGACAAUCGGUUCAAUUCCACCAACCAUGUCCGUGCUGCGAUUCGCAAUUCCGGCACUGUUUCAAACAGUGUUGAUCCCCCAACUACCGUAUCCGGUGGAAAAUCCGAUUCUAGGGUUACAUACGGAACAGGGCCGAGUGUCUCAAGGUAUAAAUUGAUGUCUCCGGCGAAACUUCCGAUCUCGAGGUCGCCGUGCCUGACGAUCCCUCCCGGUUUGAGUCCGUCUUCCUUGCUCGAGUCUCCGGUGCUGCUUUCCAACAUGAAAGUUAGUUUUUUGCUUCAAAAACUGUGGACGUUUUCGUUUACUCUGUAGUAAUUUUCCUGGAUUGCGCGACUGGAAUCAAUUCUUGAUUUUGGAGUGAGUUUUACUGUUAUGUUGAGAAUUGCGUGAGCGGGUGUUUAUUAAGGGUCUUUGUGGAAUUGAAUGUGGUAUUUUUAGAACUAAAGUUAUGCGAAUCUUUGUUGUAGAAUGUCAUAUUGUUUUUCUCCACAUAAAAUUUGGGUAAAUUAUUUGAAUUAAAAUUGUGAAGAAUUGUUUGAAAAGAAGUUGAUAGAUUUAUGCUGAGGUAAUUGAUUAGAUUCUGAUGCUCGCUUUAUGCCAUUCUGUUUCAGAGCUUUUAUGCCGGUAGUGUAAGUUUCGACAUUUUUAAAUAUCUUUGUUUGUUAUUGACCAAUGCUGCGAAUAGAUGCUCCUAUCUAGUUACCCUUUUUAGGCUCUUCUGAUCCAGUACUGUUAUGCAGUGUAAAAGAGACUAUGUUUUAUUUGUGUACAAGUAUUCUGAUUGAAACAGUGAGAUACAUGUGUUUCAUCUUCUGGGAGCAGGAUUAGCCUUAGAUGGAGAAAACAGCUGAUGUGGAGCCUUCCCCAACAACUGGUUCCUUACCAAAGAAUCAAAUAGUGCUGGAUCCUGUUGGUUCUGCAUCAUUUUCAACUACUGCAGAUGGUUCCACUGGCAAUGAGAUAAACGUUGGUAACUUUGAGUUCAGGCCCCACAAUAGAUCAAGCUUGGGUUCAGGCUUAUCUUCAUUAGGUCAUUUGGCUUCUGCUUCAAACCUUCAGCAUCAUGAGUCACGAGUUGAAGUCCAAGAUCGAGGCCAAACUCAGUCAUUUGCAACAUCAUCUUAUGUUAAAAGUGAUAAGGCGGCAGAUCCAUCUGUUACUGCUCCCAAUCCACAGGCAUCCAUGGUUGCUUCAAGUGCCAGUCUACCUAUCAAAAUUGAUUAUGGAAAACUGCAGCAGAGCCAGGGUUUUGAUAUUGGGGUCCAAGCAGCACUUUCUGAACAGAAAGAGUCAAAUCCUUCAUUCACUGCAGAAAAAUCAUCAGAAGAUGGAUAUAAUUGGCGGAAGUAUGGGCAGAAACAUGUUAAAGGAAGUGAAUUCCCCCGAAGCUAUUACAAAUGUACACACCCUAAUUGCCAAGUGAAGAAGCAAUUAGAACGCUCUCAUGAUGGAAAGGUCACAGAGAUUAUUUACAAAGGUAGGCAUGAUCAUCCUAAACCUCAAGCUAGACGUCGAUUUGCAGUUGGGGCUGCUCUGUCCAUCCAUGAAGAGACCCAGGACAAGUUUUCUUAUUUAACAAACAUAGAACACAAGACAUCCCAUGCACAUGGCCAGACAUCUUAUCAUGGUGAGCUAGAUAGUGUGCCAGAGGUUCCUCCAUUCACAGCAAGUGAUGAUGAGCAGGAAGCUGAUGAGGAUGAUGUUGAUGAUCCUGAUUCAAAGCGAAGGAGGCUAGAAUGUGGUGGUUUAGAUGUAAUUCCAUUGCAUAAGCCAACUCGAGAACCACGAGUGGUUGUUCAAACUGUGAGUGAAGUUGAUAUACUAGAUGAUGGAUAUCGUUGGCGCAAAUAUGGGCAGAAAGUGGUGAAAGGCAAUCCUAAUCCAAGGAGCUACUACAAGUGCACAAACGCCGGAUGCCCAGUCAGGAAACAUGUGGAAAGAGCAUCCCAUGAUCCAAAAGCAGUCAUAACCACUUAUGAGGGAAAACAUAACCAUGACGUACCUGCUGCAAGGAGUAAUACUCAUGACACAGUAGGAUCAAGCAUUUACUCGACAUCAAUGGAUGCCAUUUUAAGGACUAAACUAGAAGAAACUGACACAAUAAGCCUUGAUCUUGGGGUUGGCAUUAGCUUGAGUCCUGACAAUGGAUCAAAUGAGAGGCCACAAACAAUGGAGGCAGACCCUGAUCGAACCCAAAUCCAUAUUGUGGGUUCUGACUGUAGUAAACUAAUUCAAGCAACCUCAUCUUCGGCAUACUACAGCAUUUCAAAUGAUUCCGUUGAUCAGCGUGAGAUUAGAGAAAACCAAGGUGGAAACUUUACCUUUGAGGCUCCACCUCUAAACCGGUCCUCUAAUCCAUACCCCCAAAGCAUGGGGAGCUUACUAAUGGGUCCCUAAAAUAGUCUCAUGGGUCCAACCUGAGUCUUCCAUGCAAAGUGCAAGUACAUCAAGUUGAAGAUCCCAAUGGUUUCACAUAGAGCGCUUUGCUGACAAUUGCAUCACUGUCUUGUUAACCGCAGCCUCCCAGCAACAGUUUGCUUACUUGUCCAACUGUUGUACAUGCAUUAACCCUUGUAGUCUGAAAUUGUUUGUACAUAUGUGAAAUUCGGUCAGGAGUCAUGGAACUUUUCGUGGACAACUAUAAAAGUGUAAUUUCCAAAGUCUUUUUCCGAUUA